CUACGAUGUCUUUUCCUAGUUCUUCAUGCAAAGAAGCCAUAAUUUCAUUAAGAGAAUUAUGGAGACUAGCGAUUUCAAUGAUCAGUGCGUUGUUGUUUUUAGAUCUAAUUUGGUUUCUAGAUGAGAAAGCAACAAAGGUUGAUUUUCCGCUUUUCAAUUUAGCAGUCAG